ACGUCGUCGACCGAGCGCUGCUGAACUGCGACGAUGUCGACCGUAAGCCAAGCGAAAACUUACAAUUCUGCCACAGAGCGCACGGUCGGAAAAAUGGAAAAUCAGUUCGGGUGAAAAUUUUAGAGAAAUAACGUCACAGCUACGCGAUUACGCCAAAAUUGAAGAGGAAAGGAGCCAAGCAGAAAAUUGUUUCGCGUUUUUUCACAUUGAAAAACAUUGAAAGGAAUAUUUAAUUUUCUACCUGAAAAAAAAAACUAAAAAUUACUACAAAUCGUGAAAUAGUUCUUGCAUUACGCGAAGUGAGUUGAUUGCGCAAACGUUUUUUACUAUGCCAUCCUUAAGUUUUUGAAAAAAGAAAAAAAAGAAAUUUUUUAUGCAUUUAAGUGAGUACUGAAAUUUCAUGCUGUUGGAAAAACUUUGCAUAAAAUUAGCGAAACUGGAACGAAAACGAGAAUAGUAGGUACAAUCCAUCGAUAUCGCGUUUCGCAGUGCCAAAUACCUCUCCUUGCGCUACUUCUGGGCUUCGCUGGCAUACCAGCACUGAAGAUAAGCAACGUGAAGGAAGAAGUAUUCGACUAAAACGACCAGCAUACGGUGCACCGUACACAGUUACCAUUGUAGCUGCUAUUUUGUGUACAUUGCAGUGCACAUUUAUACUAAGUAACUGCCAGGUGGAGGCAGCAUUCCUGCCACUGUCGUGGCGCUCCCCCGGAAAUGAAACAGGCAACAACAUCCUGCGCCAUUUAAUUGUCGUCGCCGUCGUCAACGCCACCUUCCACAACGGACAAGUAUCUGCCGAUAGAGCCGCCAGUGCUGUUGUCAUAAUUCACCUGGACGGUUUUCAGCAUUGAAGGACAAUAGCUUACUCCCAGCGUUUAAAGGGCACCAUCAAUAGCAGCAGCACCAUCAAUUCACUGACGGGACGCACGAGAGAGUAGCGCGUGGGUAUUAGCUAAUCGGCCAGCGGCAUUGGCGGAGAACGGAUUCCGAUGCAUUUGGUGUGCUUUGUGUAGUGGAAAUGCUGGCCUCAACUUUUUAUUACUGUUGAACGAGGGUUGCGUAAAGUUUGUUGCGGUCUUGUGGUAUCGAGGCAUUCUCCGGAGAAGCACUGUUAUUGAGAAAGCAGUGUAUUGGUCAUUUAUUAUUGCUAUCGGUGGCAGCUUGAAAUAUAAAUAUAAUCAGGGAAAGAAUAUAGCAUUUUUAGCCGCUAAACAUUGCUAGAAAGUGUGUCUCGCUCAUGCAAUGAAAGUGAGCUUCCUCUGACGACUGCUAUUGAAUACUAGAGGCUAGAAGUAAUUAAUGAAUGCUCUGCUGAUUGGUUAGCCACACAUACAGAUACACAGAAACUGCGACAACGUCGGCUUUAACAAGCUUUACGCCGAAAAUCGUGUCGUCAGGCUAACAAUAAAGGCCCCAAAAACGCACAUAAAAUGGAUUCACUUAAAAUUCCAAAAGGUGGUAAUAGCAAUGCGGCAGGUGGUGGCGGCAAGCCCACUGGCAGUGUACCAAUCACCGUCCGAUUUAAUGCUGGCGAUGAAUGUAUUGACGAUAUAUUUCAGACAUUUCACAACAGCAACAACAGUGGCGCUGGCGCUGGUGGAGGAGCCGGUGGUAAUGGAAGCGGGGGUGGUGGACCAAAUGUUGGCGGUGGGGAUUCCCUGUCGAGCAGCCCGUCACAACACCACCAGCUGCAGGCACAACAAAAUGUGGAUGAUGUAAAUACAAGGAAUAAUUUUCUGCAAGGCAAUUUCUUCAAUCGCAAAAGAUCGGGUAGCAUCGAGGGCCUUUCACCCACCUCUUCAGGGCCAAAUCUAAUAGCAGCGCUGUCUGGUGAUACAGCGUCUGUUGGAACAUGGAAAUUAAUUAAGGGUAAAGUUUCACAGACAUUUGAGGAUAUAAAGUCUUCGAAAAGCAGCGCUCAGGCUUUGUCAACAUCAGCGCCCAAAGCUGAGAGCCCACGCCAACCAUUCAAACAAUUACCCAACGACCCGGAUUCCGAUCCCGAGAAUCCCACAACACGUUCUUCCAUCAGCGACGACCUGCCACUUGACUGGGAACGUAAGUCGUGCCAUCUCAAAGGCGGCGAUUCUGAUUCCUCACUAGACGGUGAACAACUAUUGCUUGAAGGGGAGGUUGAACGAUCGCGCUUGCGUCGUGGUCUAGCAAAUCUCAAGUCUAAAGUCAAAUCAAAAGGACACCAACACUCUCAACAACAACCUCAUUCACAUUCCCAACAGCAAACCGGUCUUGCGACUGCAGCACUUUCAUCGGCUACAAUUUCCACUGCAUUCGGCACCGCCUCCAUUAAACCAAUGAAGAAAGAAUCGAGCGGUUCUAAUGCGUCUUCGACGGGUUCAUUGCGCGAUGCAUUUUUGCGUCGACGACGUCCAUCGCCGACGGAUCAGACCGAUCGAGAAGUGGUGGUGCCACGAUUGGAGCCACAUGAAGCGGUGCCGAAGGACAAUAAGGCGAUUGGGAAGACCAAAAAGCGAGGAAUAAUAGCAGGCAAAAAAGAGGUAGAAAUCGAGUCGGGCGUAGAAAUGAUGGAGGACACAUUACCAACUUUACCAGAUGACUCAAAGGUUGCCGACGAAAAGCCUACUACAACCUCUGGCCGUCUGCGUAAUGAUUUACAUCUGCAUUUUGGGAAAGCAGAAGAAGGCAGUGAAAAUCAACGCUCACCACGGACGCCCGGCGAAGCGGCGGAGCACGCGAAAUGGCAACAGGAAGUGGACACACUGAGACGUGCGGCAGAAAUACUGCGAAGCGAAGAAGAAAGUCAGCGCAACAUUGGAUCAACGCGGAAGUUCGCUGCCAGUAUGCCUAUAAGUCGCGUGGCAAUUCUUUUGAUGGUAUUGUUCCUGCCUGUGCAUGGCUUUAUACGCGGCGUUCUGGCGUGUUUGAUGAGUUUCGCCAUUGCCGACUCGUUGAGUAUACUAGCACAAUCUUUUAUUUACAAAUUCUUCCAAACGCACCCCGAACAAUCCGACUUCGAGAUACCAGACUACACGAAGAUGCCAAUUUGUGAGGUGCCUGCAGUGGAAGAGCACAAGACAGUGAAGUCAUACACAGGUUGGAUGAACGAAGUUUUCAGCUACGACCCCUUAACAUUUCAUAUAUCGCAGACCAAUUCGGUUUAUUUGAGACUCGAUGGCACCAUUUUACGUGUCUCAACCACUACGUCCCGCGUACCCAAGCGGGUCAUGUGGAACGAGCCACCCAUAGAUAUAAAGCAUAUGCACUUUAGCGCACAUCGCACAUUCAAUUUACUCGGCUGCAGUAUUGAACUUUUGCCAUUGGGUUUGGCGCGCAAGCGGUAUUUUAAUCGAAAGUAUCCGAUACAGUUGAUUAUCAAAAAAGGCAGCGAAGACGAUAUGCAUCUAGAUCUUUCGGAAGAUCCUUCAAUCCUUCACUCUGCCAGAGGUAGUAGAACAGAACUGAUAUCAAUGGAUAGCAGGCUAUCCCAGGUUUCCAACGAUUUUAUGGAACAAUAUACGGAUUUAAAAGAAACCGAAUCUAGUUCGCAUGAUGUUGACUUCGCAUCCGCCGUUAUGAAUGCCGAUUUGCGACAAUUACAAGACAACACACAGAACAACGAUAAUCUUAUACCAUGCGGCGAUGAGGUGCGUCUCAUACUCUUUGCGCGUGCCGAUCGCGAGAAAGAGGACUGGUAUCGGCGUUUUGUGGCAGCAAGCGAGGGCGAUGUGCACGAACAAGUGCUGCGUCUGCUUAACCUAAAAUUAGUAGACGAUGCCGAGUUGCAGAGGGCUGUUGCAAAAGCGUCACAAAUGCCUUUGGAUCCCAGUGCUAAGCGAGACAUUUCUUCAAUGGAACAGGACAAUAAUGCGGAUAAUGAGUCCCAUGUACUACCUCCGGAUAUGGCACCGCCAUUGGUUGUUGAAAGUAAAACAGAGAAGAGCGAAAUGUUCAAGGAUAUUCCCGACGAUAUGGAAGUGGUGCCCACCCCAACUGAUACCUUCGAAGGUUUACUCAUGAGUUCCAGUGCUGCGCGCAAUCCGCCAGACUACAUACGUUUUAUGGCUAUUUAUCAGGCCGCUUGUAAAGAAGAUAAAAUUCCAGUUUAUGUCGACGCAAGUCAAUCGGAAAAAUACAAGAAAUCACGUCGAAGUAGGCGCCAUGCGAACGAAUUGUGGAAAGGUAUUGAUCAGUCGUUAUUUUUGGGACCUUCCGGUAGUGUUGUAUGGGCCAAUGUGUUAAUUGGACGUGUUCUCUAUAGCUGCCUGCAUGAUAAUAUGGUGAAAGAUAAGAUCAAAGAAUUACUGCAGAAAAAAAUUAGCGCUAUUAAGUUGCCUUCUUUCAUAGAAGAUAUCGUUAUUACGAAAAUAAAUCUUGGCGAUACACCGCCACUAAUACAUCGUGUCUCGCAACCCAUGCUGGAUGAGCGCGGCACUUGGGUAGAUGCCGACAUCACCUAUGAAGGAUUGCUACAGUUGACGGUCACCACCAAAUUGAAUUUGAUGCGCAUAAAACAGCAGAAGCGUCCCACAGACGUAGUCAACAUAACCACCACCAAUCCAUUGCAUACCGGUGGCAACACCAGUGCCUCAAAUGGUGGUGGUGGUGGUGGUGGUGGUGGGGCCGCUGGCAUUAAUAUCACCGCAAUACCACCCAUUAAUGUGAUUUCUGAUGGAGAGACUGGAAGAAGCUUAACUACUAGACUAACCUCGGCUGAGCCCAACACCGAUGAUGUGUUGCAUAGUGUUAUAUUUGACAGCGAUGCUGAGAGUACGGGUGAUUCUGAUUCCGAUCCAGAGAGUGUCAGCGCAUCAGCGGCAACCACGCUACCGAACGUGAGUUCGGCAACGACAGCGACUGGCGCUGCUACACAGGCGGACGCUGGUGCAGGCGCGCAAGCAGACUACCAUUUUAUACCCACAGCGCCAGGAAAUGCGCGUCGCAUUUUUCGUAUUGUAGAUCGCAUAGCAGCCUCAAAUUUCUUUCAGUAUGCCACCGAUUUGCCAGUUGUACAGCGUGCCAUUGAGAAUAUGAAUACAAAUAUAACGCUACGCGUAGAUCUGAGAGGACUAGUCGGACGUGGCGUGAUAAACAUUCCACCACCACCUUCCGAUCGUAUAUGGCUUUCCUUUCGUGGUCCACCACGCCUUUGGCUAUCAGCAAAGCCAGCGCUUGGUGAAAAAUCGGUGGAUUACAGCAUUGUGACCAGCAUUAUUGAAAGCAAAUUAUGCGAGGUGGUGAAUAAGUUUUUAGUUUAUCCUAAUAUGGUCGACGUCACUAUACCUUUUUUGGGUCAGCCGACAUACGAGUAUUUGCGUGGCGAGAAAGCGAAACGCACUGAAUAGAUUUUUAAUAGAUAAGUUGUACAUGAAAAAUUCCGUAAAAAAUGUGUAUGCUAAUUUUUGAUAAAAUUUUGUUGAUUGAUAAAAUGUCUAAGUCUCAUGGGAAUGUAUGUAUGUUUACAUACAUCACUAUUCGUUCCAAUAUACCAUUCCAGUAGUUGUAUUUACUGUAAGCAGUUAUUAUAUAAGUAUUAUACUAUUUAGUUUAAUGAUCAAUAUAUGUUUAAGAUUUAUUUUUCCAUUUUUUACAUUUGGUGAACUGUAGUUAGUAAUACAAACAAUUCUUAAUUAAUGUUUUGAUAAUUUUAGUUCGUGAAUUCAUUAGAAAGUAUACAAUUGAUAUAUCAACAUUUUCGUAACUGCACUUUUUUAUGGUUGGUUAAAAAAAAGCUGUUAAUUGUUUCAUUCUCAACGGGAAGUAUUAGUUUCUAAAGCCGUAAUCUCUUUCUUAAAAACUACUCGCGACUCAUUCGCUUCGCGGUUUUACACAACUAUACACAAGUCGAAAAUUUCCAGACAAAAUUUUGAUAAUUCGUAGUGUGCAGCUCUUUAGAGGCAGAAAACCAGCAAAAUGCUUACAAUAGUCAGUUAAAGACCGCCCAUAGAUAUUUUCCUUGACUUAUGACAUUCGGUCACCCUAAUACAUAAAAAGCUAGAAAUCAUAGAAAAAUGUCAAUAAAUAUUCAAAUAAAAAUUUAUAUUUAAUUGCAAGCAAUUAAUAUCAUUAUUCUAUAGCGAAGUUACAAAAUCGGGCGGAGAAUAAAUUUUCGUAAUAUCUCAUAUUUAGGAUUACGUAUGCAUUUACAAAAAACCAACAUACAAAUCGAGUAUUAUCAAAAUUUCACAACUGUGGUGACGGUGAUGGUGUACCGUUCGUUACAAUUUUUCAUAUUAUUAUUUUUUUUUUGUUAAAAAAAAGGCAUAAUUUGAGGGAAAUCUUAGCAAGCUUGGUCAAAGUUUUUAUGAAAAACUUUAGAGUGACGCAUUUUUUUAUUCCAUGGUCAAAUGAUUUUGACGAAGCACAAAAAAGGUAUACAUAUGCACAUAUAUACAAAUUUCAAACUUUUUAAUUGGAAUGUUAGCGGCGUUCCUGAUUUUCUCUCAUACAAAAAAAGAUCUCACUUACUUUGUCAGCGAAAAAAAUUCUCAAAAAUCAACCAUGUGUUCGAGGUAAUUCAAAGUUGCACAUAUUAAACUAAAAUUGAAUGGGAAUGCAGUUUUAUAGCAUCUCCGAAUUUUACUUGAAGCUCCAAUUACAAACUUUGAAAUUUUGAUGACCAUUUUUUGAACUUCGUCGAAUUAUUAAAAAUCUUGUACAAAGUUUAAAACUUUGAGUUGUAUGAUUUUCGUGGUAGCAAGCACUAUAAUUUCCUAAAAAAAUUUAACUAAUAAAUAAAAAUAGAUGGUCAAAACUUGUAAAAGAAAAUCAUUUCUAAAUAUCGGGCCACCAGUGGACAUAUGGUUUGGUUAUUGCUAUUUUAAUCAACUUCAAUAAAAUGAGGAGGCUAUCAAUUCGUCGGAAUAUUUUUUUAUGUAUGUUGCCGCAUAACUCUGCACCACGUUAACCUAUUUCUAUAAUUCUUUUUUUUUUAGAGGAAUUUGGUUUAGAUGCGAUCACUUCUUCUUACUUCUUUUGAUCAAAUUUUAUAAGUGCAAAAUGUAUUGAGGAUAGAAGACGAAAAAAAUUUUGCUUUAAAAUAUAUAAAAAAAAAAUUUACUUUGUUUUUAGUACUUAGAAGUGAAUAUUAUCAAGAGGAAUGGAAGUUAAUAUUACAAAAGUGAACGAGAUUGAACAAAACAUAAAGCGCAACAAUUUAUAUAUCUACAUACUUAUACAUAUGUAUAAUUUUUGAAUUUUUUUUUUUACAAUGGAACUUAUUUAAUUUAGAAAAUAUUUUAAUUCCAUAACUAAGGCUUACUUUAUACACUGUUCCCCACAAUACAUACAUACAUACAUACGUAUUAUAAACUUACACAAAUAUGUACAUACAUACUUACAAAUGUAUAUAAA